AUGGCUAGAAGACGUAAUACCAGAGCAGAGGAAACAGAGCCUCCACCUGAUUUGAUGCAUGUAGUUACCGAGCUCCAGCGUCAAGUUACGGAACAGCAGCAAAUGAUCACUGCUCUGCUAAAUCAACAAGGAAAUCCUGUUACUCCACCAGGACACCAGAAUGUAGUACCAGUAAUACCUACAGCUGUUCCAGUACCACCAGCACCUGCACCACCGCUCACAGAUGCGGACAAAGUCAGGUGUGCGAUAUUCAUGCUCCGGGAUGAUUCUCGAGUAUGGUGGGAGGGUGCGCGGCUGAUUGUAGAUCUGGCUACUUUGACUUGGACUAAUUUUAAGGAGGUAUUCUAUGGAAAGUAUUUCACAGUUGACAACAGGACACGGCUGGCACGGGAAUUCUUGGAGCUUCGCCAGGGAGAUUUGUCAGUGGCGGAGUAUGUUAGGAGAUUCGAGAGAGGACGCUAUUUCGUACCUAUGAUUACUAGCCAACCAGUCGAGGAGCUGAAGCACUUUACAGAAGGUUUGAGGCCGGCUAUUCGCCAUGAUGUCAGGCUGAGUCGGGUCACCACAUUCCGAGAAGCCGUUGACCAGGCACUGAUGUCCGAAAGAGACAGAAAUGACAUGAUCAAGGAAGCUCAGAACAAGAGACUGAGUUUUCAGGGACGGGAUCAGCAGGAGCCGGGGAAGAAGAAGACAAUUCCUGGUCAGAAUUCAGGAAAGCAGCCGUUUAAGCAAGCACAGCCGCGUCAGCAAAUUCAGAAGACACAAGCAGCUGAAGGCACUGGUUUCAGGGUCGAAAACAAGGUUCGUUGUUCCAAGUGCGAGAAGAUUCAUGCUGGGCAAUGCUUAACAGGUACAGAUGCGUGCUUUAUGUGUAAGAAGUCAGGACACUUCGCGAGGGAAUGCCCACUGCUCAGGGAGCCAACCAAAGGGAGAGUAUUUGCGAUGACACAAGAGCAGGUGGAUCAGGACACGACUAUUAUCACAGGUAUGAUUUAUGUUGCCAAUAUUCCAGCCCAUGCAUUAAUAGAUUCCGGAGCUACACAUUCCUUUAUAUCUGAGGUCUAUCUCACAAAACUGGGCAUUAUACCUGAACGAAUGGUUGCGGGAUAUAGUGUUUUAUUACCAUCGGGGGAGGAAUUGCAUAGCAACAGGAUGGUAAAGAACUAUCAGAUGAUGAUGCAAAACCAUAUGGUGGGCGCAAGGUUCAUCGUGUUGGAAAUGACAGAGUUUGAUGUGAUCCUUGGCAUGGACUGGCUGGUUCAGCAUGAGGCAGUCAUAGAUUGCAAACAACGGACGCUUCACAACUGGCCAUUCCCCACAUGA